CAUGUGGAAGCAUCGAUCCGACGCCCGGUCACUUGUCUCAAAGGCACAAUUAUUUGUGCAACAACCGUGAGUUCGGUGUCCUCACUUAAGGAUGAGAUUUCAUCUCGAAAAUCCUUAAAGUUUGACAUGCGCUAGUUUUGUGGUGUUCUAGUUUAUUAGGACGAACCAAUAAUUCUGUGCUCUGUGUGUUUAUUAUAUUACACUUAUUGUAGUGAAAGUGUGCAUUUUUCUUCCUGGAAAGUGUCCUUGGAACAAGUGUUAUGCCGUAAUUAAUAUUGUACGUGUAGUGUUUUCUGAUGAGUGCCUAACUGUCAGGAUUUCUGUUUUGUGAAAAAUAAAGUGGUACCCGCUUUUUGAUGAACCUAAGUUUACUAGCCGGUGAAGAGUGUUGACAUUGUCUUGAAAAAUUGCAGAAGUUGAUGGCAUUCAACGGAAAUUUCUGGCGAACUUCAACAUGUCUGUGAUAAAAAGCCGAUAAGUGAUCUUUAAAAUAUAAACCAAGCUCAGUAUCGUUGACGUCGCACACCGAUCCGAUGUUAUUAGCAUAUUAAAAGAUCAGAAUCGCCAGUGUCGGUUUCGCAUCACGCGUAGUGCCUAGCCUCCAGCGGGAGACACGCGCAACAGCCGGCAAGCGACACGCGGUCCGCAAGCCGGAGAAUUUCCGUCGGAACCAUACCAUAGAAUACCGUCAAGAUUGCUGCCAUGGGUCGCAAGAAAAUACAAAUCUCGCGUAUCACAGAUGAACGGAACCGACAGGUUACGUUCAACAAGCGCAAGUUCGGCGUCAUGAAGAAAGCGUACGAGCUGAGCGUGUUGUGCGACUGCGAGAUCGCCCUCAUAAUCUUCAGUUCGAGCAACAAAUUGUACCAGUAUGCUAGCACUGACAUGGACAAAGUGCUUCUCAAAUAUACCGAAUACAACGAGCCCCACGAAUCAUUGACGAACAAAAACAUCAUAGAGGCACUUAAUAAGAAGGAGCAUAAGAACGGAGUGAUGAGCCCGGACAGCCCGGAACCCGACAAUGACUACACACUGACACCCCGCACCGAAGCCAAAUAUAGCAAAAUUGAUGAAGAAUUCCAACUGAUGAUACAGCGCAACCAGAUGAACGGAACGAGGCAAGUCGGUGUUGGAGCUGGAAAUUAUUCUUUACCAGUAACGAUGCCUGUAGCCGGAGGCUAUGGCGAUGGAUCUCUCUUGCAGGCGAGUCCUCAAAUGGCACACACUAGUAUCAGCCCACGACCUUCUUCAUCCGAAACUGACUCUGUUUACCCACCCGGUGGUAUGCUGGAAAUGACAAAUGGUUACCCGCACUCUGUGUCCCCUCUGGGAGGUUCUCCGUCCCCUGGGCCAAGUCCCAACAUGGUUCUGAAGACUCACGGCCACGCAGCUAAGCAACACUCGCCGGGUCCGUCUGGUCCUAAGAACCUCAGGCUGGCCAUACCCACACCGAUGACGACUCAUGCUGACGAAAUGACUUAUAGUGAAUUGUUGUUGCAGCACAAUCGCGCGGCUCAAUCAUCACUGAACACCCCCGUAGUGGCGUUGCAGACUCCGAGCAUACCGUCUAGUCUCGCUGGCGGUUAUACUAGUUUGGCUUCUUUCGGCGCACAGGACUUCUCAAUGGGCAACGACAUGGGACUUGGACUUGGAUGGAAUUCGCACCAAUUACAAACGAGCUUACAACACACUAGCGGCCUUCCUCACUUGGCAGUAUCGAAUAGUACGCCCCCGCCGUCCACUUCUCCUGGUCCAGUGAAAAUCAAAUCGGAACCGAUCUCACCUUCUCGAGAGACUUCGCACCAUGGCCAUCAUCCUAUAACGGUGACGCACACGCUAUCAGGACACACUAUCGGACAUAAUCUGGCGCCACAGCACAGGCCUAACUCUGCUGGACAUCUCACGCCGACGCCAGGAACGGUGACGCCGACGAACGUGCCGUCGCCUGGUGCCGAAAUGCGUCAUAGUUCCAGCUCGGAGUACGACUCCGGUCCGCACAUGAAGCGCAGCCGCUUGAACGACAACAGUUGGAGCACAUAGCGUUCGGCGCACGCUGGACCGAUAGUCACCGGCAUGCAGCACACGGUCAUGUACCACAGUUAAGGUUCGUUCACAUUUUCGCCGAGUGACGGGACGAACGAUUAACCACAAAUCAGAUAUAAUUAUAAUAUUAUAAUAUAAUAUAUCGCUCGACCUCGGACGGACGGACGACGUGCCCUAUGGUUGACAGUAUGAAUGUGAGACUCUUGCUUGCGUGAGUUUUGAACGUUCGUUCGUCUGUUCGUCAGCUCGUUCAAAAUUCGUUCGUCGUAGUUCAAAACUAUGUGCAAUUACUUCUAAUGCAGCGACACAGCCUUGCAAUAUAUAUAUUGAUAAAUUAUUUAAUCUAUUGAAAACUAUU